AUGAAAACUCCAACCAUUUCUUUGAUUCUUCUUCUCAUCUUUUCGUCCUCAUCGGCAGCUUCUGCCGCCGGUGACUUCCUACAAUGUCUGUCUUCGAAAUUCGACAACUACUCCUCGAUUUCCAACGUUGUUUACACCACAAGCAAUUCAUCAUACACUUCCAUCUUGAAAUCUUCCAUCUACAACCUCAUAUUCGAUACGGAAUCUACACCGAAGCCGCAUGCGAUCAUAACCCCAGAACACGAAUCUCAGAUCCCGCCUGUCAUACACUGUGCCAAAAAAGCUGGCCUCGAAGUCAGGACACGAAGUGGUGGCCAUGACUACGAGGGACUAUCUUAUGUAUCACGAGUCCCGUUUUUGGUCGUUGAUUUGAUCAAUCUCAGUGAAAUCACAGUCGAUGUCGGGUCAAAAACUGCGUGGGUCGAAGCUGGUGCCACCACCGGCUCGUUGUAUUACAGAAUCGCGGAGAAAAGUCCGGUUCUUGGAUUUCCGGCGGGUGUUUGCCUAACACUCGGUGUCGGAGGCCACUUCAGUGGAGGAGGCUAUGGCUAUAUGCUUAGAAAGUAUGGUUUGGCUGCCGAUCAUGUGAUCGAUGCAAGAAUUGUCGACGUCAAUGGUAGAAUUCUAGACAGAGAAUCAAUGGGCGAAGAUCUGUUUUGGGCCAUCAGAGGCGGUGGAGCUGCCAGCUUUGGUGUAGUUGUUGCCUGGAAGGUACAAUUAGUGGAUGUACCUGAAAAAGUCACCAUAUUCUCGAUAGCCAGAACGUUAGAACAAAACGCAACCCAACUCAUCCACCGCUGGCAAUAUGUCGCUCCCCACAUCGACGACAAUUUGUCAAUGGGAAUCAUGAUAACCCGGUCGAGCACCGUACAAAAAGGAACCACACCGACCAACCGCGCCUCCUUCACCGGGCUCUUCCUCGGCAGCGUCGACAAAUUGCUGCCGCUGAUGCAGCAAAGUUUCCCGGAGCUCGGCCUAACGCGAGAAAACUGCACCGAGACGAGCUGGAUCAAAUCCACCGUCGCCUUCGCAGGAAACCCCAUCGAAACACCGCUGCAAAUCCUGCUCAACAGAACUCAGCCCCAAAAAGGAUUCUCCAAACAGAAAUCAAACUACGUGAAGCAACCAAUUCCUCAACAGGGCUUUGAAGGACUAUUGGAACAAUUCUUCAAAGCAGAAGAAGCUACGAGAGGUUUAUUGAUGCUCGUUCCUUAUGGCGGGAAAAUGGCGGAGAUCUCCGAAUCCGCCAUUCCUUUUCCUCAUAGAGGCGGGAAUCUGUACAUGAUCUCUCAUCGGGUCGGUUGGGAGGAAGAAAAUGCUCGGGAUUCGGAGAGGUACGUAAGCUGGUCGAGGAGGCUUGAGGACUGCUUGACUCCUUACGUUUCGAGUAAUCCGAGGCAAGCGUAUCUCAACUACAGAGAUCUCGACAUUGGAGUUAAUAAUGAUGUGGGGGGGACGAGCUACGUGCAGGCGAACGUUUGGGGAAGGAAGUAUUUCAAGAACAAUUUUGAUCGUCUUGUUCGGGUAAAAACCAUGGUUGAUCCGGAAAAUUUCUUCAGAAACGAACAGAGCAUUCCGUCGUUGCAUUCCAAGUGGAAAUGAGGGGAUUGAGAAAUCAAUUUGUGUGGUGCUUGAUUAUGAAUAAGGCCUUGUUAAAUUUGUGUUGCAUUAUCUUUUGUUGGGGUAAU